AUGAUCAGUUGCUGAUGAGCUGUCGAUCCUCCCCUCCCUCCUCCCAGAAUCAGGGAAACCUCCUCCUCUUUCUCUUUUACCCCCUGGCAGCUGGCACAGCAGCCCCACUUGGCGCCUGCCUUUGUGGGGAGCCCUCAGCUCAGAGCACGGCUGCUCCUGGCGUCCCCCCUUCUUUCCCCUCUUCUCCUUUCCAUUGGAUGGGCAAUGAGUGCGUGGGCUUCCGCUGGCUCGGCUCCCCAGACGCUGGCGAGGUGGGACCCUCAGGACAGCCGGAGGACCCGCCGCGCUGUCCACUAGCCGCACCGCCGGAGCCCCGGAGCCCAUGCGAUACAGCCGCGCGGUGUGCUGGAGGCCGAAGACCCUGCGAGUUCUGAGCGAGGCCCAUGGAUGUGGAAGACCUCCCGGGUCCCGGACCCCAUGUUCUCCCCGCGCAGUUAUGACGCCCUGCACGACGGCGGCUGGGGGCCCCCGGGUGCCGACGGCACGGCCAGCGUUCCGCAGGACGCGCGGGCCCCCCGGAUGAGCGGCGGCUGCCAGGGCCCCCCUCUGAAGCGGCGGGGUGGCGUGGUGGACCACCGGGAUGUCAUCUUGGCCCACCAGGCGCACAAAGUCCACAGCACCCCCCAGGCCAGGAGGAAGGAAUGGGAAAUGGCCCGCUUCGGAGACGAGAUGCCGGCCCGCUACGGGGGAGGAGGCUCCGGGGCAGCCGCCGGGGUGGUCGUGGGCGCCGGAGGCGGGCGAGGAGCCGGGGGCAGCCGGCAGGGCGGGCAGCCCGGGGCGCAAAGGAUGUACAAGCAGUCAAUGGCGCAGAGAGCGCGGACCAUGGCCCUCUACAACCCCAUCCCCGUCCGACAGAACUGCCUCACGGUCAACCGGUCUCUAUUCCUCUUCAGCGAGGACAACGUGGUGAGAAAAUACGCCAAAAAGAUCACCGAAUGGCCAUAUCCUUUGCCCGAACCCGGCAGCGAACCCCGGCAGCUGCGCCUCCCCCUCCUCCCUCCGCUUCCCCUCUUCCAGGCUGGGAGAGAGACCCGGGGGUUGAUGGGAGCCCCGGCAGCAUCGGCAACGGCAGCGGCGGCGGCGGCGUCUUCCGCAUCGUUCGCCGCAGCGUAA